AUGGGUCUAACUCAGGACUGUUCGACCUCCAAGUGGCUGAGGGCCAAACAGCUGGGGCUGGAGGCGAGCAGGGAGGAGGCCGCUGGCGGGGAGGAGUGCAGCUGGGCCGGGCUCUUCUCCUUCCAGGACCUGCGGGCCGUGCACCAGCAGCUGUGCUCGGUGAGCUCGGACCUGGAGCCCUGCCUGCCCGCCUUCCCCGAGGAGCCGGCAGGCAUGUGGUCCGUGCUGUUCGGGCCGCCCGCUCUGUGCGAGCCCGAGAUGGACGUGCUGUGCUGCCAGCUGCAGAUAUACCUGGGCCAUGGCCUGGACACGUGCGGCUGGAAGAUCCUCUCCCAGGUGCUCUUCACCGAGGCCGACGACCCCGAGGAGUACUACGAGAGCCUGAGCGAGCUGCGGCAGAAGGGCUACGAGGAGGUGCUGCAGCGGGCCCGCAAGCACAUCCAGGAGCUGCUGGAAAAACACAAGAAUACAGAAAGCAUGGUAGAGCUCCUGGAACUGUAUCAAAUGGAAGAUGAAGCCUAUAGUAGUCUUGCUGAAGCUACCACAGAACUGUACCAGUACUUGCUACAGCCAUUUCGAGACAUGAGGGAACUUGCAAUGCUCAGAAGGCAACAGAUAAAGAUCUCCAUAGAAAAUGAUUACCUGGGCCCCAGAAGAAUUGAGAGUCUACAGAAAGAAGAUGCAGAUUGGCAGCGGAAAGCCCACAUGGCUGUGCUUUCUAUUCAAGAUCUUACUGUCAAGUACUUUGAAAUAACAGCCAAGGCACAGAAAGCUGUAUAUGAUCGAAUGCGAGCAGAUCAGAAAAAGUUUGGUAAGGCAGCAUGGGCAGCAGCAGUGGAACGUAUGGAAAAGCUGCAAUAUGCAGUUUCUAAGGAGACAUUGCAGCUGAUGCGUGCAAAAGAAAUCUGUUUGGAACAGAAGAAACAUGCACUGAAAGAAGAGAUGCAGAGCUUGCAAGGUGGUACAGAAGCCAUAGCCCAUUUGGAUCAAUUAGAAGCUGAUUAUUAUGACCUUCAGCUUCAGUUGUAUGAAGUACAGUUUGAGAUCUUGAAGUGUGAGGAGUUAUUACUGACAGCACAACUUGAAAGCAUCAAAAGACUGAUGUCAGAAAAGAGAGAUGAAGUGGUCUAUUAUGACACUUACGAAAGUAUGGAAGCCAUGCUUGAAAAAGAAGAUAUGGCAACAUCUGUACAUUUACAAAGAGAGGAACUUCAGAAAUUACAACAGAAAGUACGCCAGCUGGAAGCACGGCGUGGGCGCAUUUCUGCUAAGAAAGCCUACCUCAGGAAUAAAAAGGAGAUCUGCAUUGCAAAGCAUAAUGAAAAGAUCCAACAGCGCCAUCAGAGUGAAGAAGAGUACAGAAUGCACCAUACUGUGCAGCUGAAGCGAGAUCAACUGCAAGAUGAAGAGGAAAGAAAAAGCUCUUGGGUUAGUCAGGAGCGACAAAAAACACUGGACAGGCUUCGCACAUUUAAACAGCGGUACCCUGGGCAAGUUAUACUUAAAUCAACCAGGCUGCGACUGGCUCACACAAAAAGGAAAAGUUCAGCUAGCUCAAUACCCUGCACAGAUGAACCUCGAUCUCUGCCAGAAACUUCCCAAAUCCAAGAGAAAACUGAAGAGACAGAAUCAGGAAAAGCGACCCAGCCUUUACAAACCCAGGAGCCUAGGAAUUUAGAACAACUUGAAGAUAUUUCAUUACCUCCUAAUGGUGUUACCUCUGAACUGUCUCAUGCUAGUACUUUUCCAGUUCUUGCCAGUAAUGACCCUCAGCCAGAUACUGUUACUGUAGUAUCAUUUCCUCCUCCUCUGCCCCCACCGCCGCCGCCACCACCGCCACCACCUCUGCCUACCAAGGAAGAUGCCACAGAAUCCUCAGGAAAAUGUGACAGCCUCAUUAAACAGGAGAGUGAGGAUAAAGAAGUCCCACAGUCUGUCAGUAUCCCAUCAGCACAUCUUUUUGAUAGCAGUCAGUUAGUCAGUGCCAAGAAGAAACUAAAGAAGACAGGUGAUCUAGAAGGUUUGCAGAGGAGAAGAGUGAGUUCCCCUAUGGAUGAGGUGCUGGCUUCCUUGAAGCGUGGUAGUUUUCACCUAAGAAAAGUAGAGCAGAGAAGUCUCCCUCCUUUCCCUGAUGAAGAUGAUAGCAAUAACAUCUUGGCACAGAUAAGGAAAGGAGUGAAGCUGAAGAAGGUGCAAAAGGAUGUUCUGCGUGAAUCUUUUACAGUUCUGCCUGACACUGAUCCUCUGACGCGUAGCAUCCAUGAAGCACUUCGAAGAAUUAAGGAAGCAUCACCAGAGUCGGAAGAUGAGGAGGAAAGUUUGCCUUGCACGGACUGGGAAAAUUAACCUGUGAUGCAUUGCCACUGAAGUAAGAAGAGAACCCACAGCUGAAGACCAUUCUUCCCCUUCAUUUCUGAAAAUUCAGAGCCAGCAGUUUCGACCAUCCAAGCCACGCUGGGGAAGCAGGCUUUCUUUGGCAAAUGGUUUAGCUUAGGGGGAAAGAAAAAAAAUCCUGAAAUAUUUAUUUUCAGGUGAUGUUUCCUUUGUUCUAGAAAUUCUCGGCUGGGCAAAAAGCUACAUUUAGCUGUCGCACAUAAUGAGGAGGAGAUGGCCUUCAGCAUGUUUGCCCAUUUGUUUCAGCACUUUUUUUUGUUUGCAUAAGUAUCCAUGGCCAGUUAAAUGAGGGAUAUUUUAAGUUGGGAGAACGCUGCAUUGACAAAACAACUGAGAGAUGCAGUUAAAAACAUCAGGACAGCUAUGAAACCUACCCUUCAUUGCACUGAAAAGUAUCAUCUGCUUGUAAAAUGAAUUAUAUAGCUACUUCCAGACGAGCUGGUUACACAACAGUGAAUGCUUCAGAAAAGAGCAGAAAUCCUAGCUGUACCAUAAGAAGAGAAAUGUAAAUGGAAGUGCAACUAAGAUUAUUUUUUAAUUUUUCUUUUGAGUGUGAAGAAGUGUAUGUUAGUAUGAAAAGCAACAACAAAUGACUGUGCAGGAUAAUGAAAAACAAAAAAACAGCGGAAUACCUGUAUUCACCCAUGUAUUGUUUACAACAUGGUACAUUUUAACAUGGCAUAUUCCAGCACCUCUUUAGAAGGCCAUAUGUAGUUUUACACCUUAACACUUUUCCACAUUCUUUUAAAGAGUAAUAUUUAGUUGUGUGAAACUGAGUUAAUAGUUAUAUCUUUACCUACAAAUUUGUUAUAAGAAGCAAUAUUUUGUAAUAUGAUAAUACGUAAAAUUUAUUUUUCUCUCUUAGUUUGAACUGCUCUUGUUUAAUUACUGUAAGCAACCUUCUUUAAAAAACGCUUAAAGAAGUUUGCAGGACUUGCAUACUUCCACUUCAGUGGUGAGAUUUAUGCUUUUCUUCUGUUAGUUUUUAUUAUUUCCAUUAAGUGGCUACAGAAGUAUUUGUACAUCAUGCCUACCCAACCUACUUGGCUGAAAAAAUGCUCUUCCUUUUAACCCUGGCUGUAUAUGGUUCUAAAGGAAGAGGGUUCAGCUUCAGGGCAACACAUACCUAAAAAGAAGUCAUCCUAAACUGACUAAUAGCUGCGGGCAGCUAAUCUUAUAACACCAUUGUCUUGAAAGAUACAGCUAUACAGGGUUGUAGGUAAUCUUGUACCAUGUUAAAGGCUCCAUGUUCUGGUUGGUUGACAAAUGUUCCAGUUACGAAAGUUGAGUCUUGACUAGUGUUGUAUUUCACUAAAAUGACAUGUAGUGUGUUUGAGAAACACACCACCCCUUUCCUUCUUGGAAAACGAUAUUUUUGUUCAGUAUUCAUUUUAUGAAAGACAAAUUAAUGUACUGAUUUUCAUUAAAGCAGUCAGGAGUUGCUGCUGCUGUGUAAUGGAAUGCAUAUUCCACUAACUUUUAUAACAGGAGAUUUAAUAUCUCGCCAUUUACUUUUUUAAAUAGCUGUGAGGACAAGAAGACCUACCUUAGCAAUCAACUAUAACCUAAGUGAACCUCUUCUCUUGAACCCUUUGGGCUGUUCUGCAGCACCUGUUCUCAAAAAUAAAGAUCUGUCAUAUGUUUUGAAAGAAUUUGCCACUCUGCAUUUGGCAUUAGAGGCAUUUUCUUGAGCUUGUUGCCUUAUUUAUGACAAUACUGAAAUAUUUUCAGUUUCAAAGGAGCACUUGGGAGCAGCAUUUUCCAAAGUGGUACUAAUUUUGCUGCAUGCACCAGCUGUCAGGGCAGCAUCCUUCUCUGACAGAACAUCAGCUCUGACACAUCCAGCAUUAGCUUGCCUAGGACUUGGAAACUCAAGUUUUUCCCCUACAUUUAUUCAUUACGUGGGUUUAAGCUGUCUUAUGCUGGGUUCUGUGGCAAUAACAGUACUUUCAAAAUUUAUCAUAUGUAAACAUUUAGCUUAGACCAUACAGUUAAGUAGCUGGUAUAUGUGAUGUGUUGUUGUUGACAUUCCUAAUUUACAUCACAUUAUAAGCUGGUCAAGUGUGUGACAUUUUUAGCCAUAGCACAAAACAGAUUAGAACGAUACAAUUUGUGAAGCCUGGUGGCUCAAUGGAUAGCAGCGAUGGGAUGAUACACAUUCAGUUUGUUUGCUUCUAAAAAAGAAAUGCAGACUAGACAAUGUGUGUUGGGCAUUAGCAAAACUUCUGACUUAGGGGGAAAAUAGUGUAAUUUAAAGAUGGGAGCAGUGUUCCCCUUCCUUGCACAAAAAUUAUCUGCGAGUCUAGCCCUAUGUAGAGGUGUUUUAAAUAGCUCCUCCUGUGUUGUGGUGCAGAGUUUUCAGAUUCACCUACACAUGAUCUGUCAACUUUGCCUUGGAAACCUGUGCAUGUUUUAAAAAAAACAAAGUAAUCCUGUUCUGGAUAUAUUCUGUACUUGGCUAGUAUAUUAGGUUCCUGUCAGAAGUGAACCUGUAGAUGUUGCUUUUUUGUAGGAACAUAUUUUAUGCACUCAGACAAAGCAGCAGCUGUUGUGCUGAGCAUAGCAGUUAAUAUCAAAAUGCUGUUUUUAAUGAGGAAAGGCAGUGGAUGUUCCAAAAAAUAUAAAAAAUAGAUUUGAAUCUAAUUCCCAGCAGUCAUUUGACAUCGUGGUUUCAUACAAACCACCAGCACCAGAUGUAAAAAUUUUAUGUAGCCAUGUUAAAGUUCAAGCAUAAAAAUGUUCCUAAUGCUUUCUAAUGUUGUAAUGGUUUUGUUGUUGCGGUUGGUUAUCUAGGAAAAAUAACACGGGGAAAAUAUAACAUUCACAAGCCAACAAAUCCUGAUAAUCCCUGCUAGUUGGCGCAUUUCUGACAAAAGGUUGAUUAGAACAUGUCUGCUUUUUAGGAAAUGUCACUCUGAGGUGCAUCGAUUCUUUGUCUGUGCAAGGAGGAAAAGGCCUGCAUGGAAAAUCACUCUUCAGAGAUUUUCAGCACUUGCUGUUCACGGUUGUGCUACUGCAUUGUGGCUACAUUUUCUGUUACUAGCCACACAUUUUUGCAGCACUAAGAUUUUGUGCACUCCAUGUCAAGGAAACUUGCUUGUUUGCUCUAAUCAGAGCUGUUUGGUGAAAUGAAAUGGGUCCAGUGGUGAAGGGAAGUAAGGACUUGGAACUUCCCAAUAUAGAAUAUAUAACAUAAAUGCAGGAACACAGAGCACAGCCUGUCCUUUGGGAAAUAAGAAAUUUUCAUUGGUGGGAACAAAGAAUUUAUUUUAUCUCUACAAACAACGAAAAUGUAAACAG